AAUAUUCUGCUCUAUAUUUUCUUGUUUACUCUCUUAUCUUCCCUCUCUCUUCUCACCACCUAUAUUAUUCUUCUAUUCUGUUUCAAUUCCACUGAUAAUUUACUACCAUUAUCAUCUCAACACUAAAAUAGAAUUAGCCUUCAUUAAAAUUGAAUUUUGUUCACCAUAGUAAAAAUAAUCUAUUUAUGUGUAUAUGUAUGUAUGUAAACAUACGUUGUAAGUAUAUCUAAUUGAAAUUUCCGAGAAGAGACCAUUAAACUGAAAAGGAGCCUCUCUUAAGUUUGUUUUUGUUUGUAAAAAUACUCAAAUUCCGAGUAGUAAAUCAUUUAGUAAUAAAUCCAAUUAAAAUUUCUCCCCAAAAACAAGGAAAUAAAUGAAGAAAUAAAUAAUAAAGCAUUUUACAUAUUGUUGUUUUUUUUCCUAUAAUUAUUUGUAAUAUUUAAAUUUAAUUUAAAAGUUUUAAAGGAAAAUCAAAUCAAAUUAAAAUUGUAUAAAAUAACAAGUAAAUCAUAUAUAAAGAAUUUAUUUUUUUUUGUUAAAAUAUGCAAAAAAAUGAGAGCACCCCAAAAAAAUCAUCAAAUAAUACUGGGGGCUCCAUAAAAGCCACCUCAUUAACAUAUAAGCAUAAUAAAAUUUUAACAAACUUAAAAUCAUUACAAUAUAACAUAAAAGAUAAUAAUAUUAUUAAAGAUAAAGAUAAAAAUAAUAAAGAUAAAAUUCCAUUAAUUAAAUCAUCAUCUUCCAAUAGUUUAUUAUUAGAAAUAGAUAACAGUAAUAAUCAAUUAUUAUCAUCAGAUUUAGAACCAUUAUCAAAUAAAUCAAAAUUAAUAAAAUCAUCUGUUUUACCUACACUAUUAAUAAAAGAACAAAACCAGGAUGAUGAAAAUGAACCAUUAAUUGAAAUAAUAAAAAAUUCUAUAUCAACAACAAAUACAACAACUUCAAUAACAACAACAGUUACAACAAUAACCCCCAUAACAACAACAACAACUAAUUCUAAUAAUAUAUUAGAAAAUUCAAAAAAUUUAUUAUUACCAACAUCAUUAUUAUCAACAAAUUUAAUAAAACCAGAUGAUACUACAGAUUCAAUUCAAAAAAAUCAACAAUUUAAACAGAGAUUUCAACAACAACAAUCACAAAAUAAGCAAAAAUCACCAUCAAAUUCAAUAUCAUCAUCAAUAUCAAUAUUAUCAUCAUCAAUAAAAUCUAAUACAAAUAAUAAUGAUAAUAAAACAAAUACAGCAAUUGAAGUACCAUCAUCAAUAUUAUCAUCUCCAUUGAUACCAAUAAAAUCAAGAAUAGCAACAACAGUAGCAUUAUCACCAUCAUCAAUAUUAACAACGAAUAAUGAUAUUGAUAAUAAUAUUAUAAAAAUUAAUAAUAAUGGAAAUAUUUUUGAUAAAAAAUCUUUAUCUGGUAAAAUUUUAACCAAUAAUAAAAAUAAUUCUAAUAUUAUAACAACAACAACAAUAUCAAAUUCAACAACAUCGAUUUUAAAUAAACAAUCAAAUUAUCGUGAUCAAUAUCAAAAACAACAACAACAACGACCACAACAUCAAGCAUCCUUAUAUUAUUAUCCUUAUACUUAUUCAAGAAAUAUAUUAAAUUCUUCUACUUCUUCUUCUAUAAGUGAUGGUGGUAUUAUUUGUAAUACUAAUAACAAUAAUAAUGGUGUGAGUGGUGGUUGUAAUAAUAGUAGUAUCAGUGGUAAUUUAAUAACAACAUCAUCAAUAUCAUCAACAUCUUCAAUAUCUUUAACAUCGAAUAAUUCAUAUCAUCAACAUUUAUAUAAUAAUAACAGUAGUAGUAUCAGCAGCAGCAGCAGCAGCAGUAAUAGCAGCAAUAGUAUAACCGGUAAUCGUGGUAUUGCUAAUAGUAUCAGUAGCAAUAGCAAUAAUAUUGGUGGUAAUGGUAAUAAUCAUAUCGGUUAUGUUGGUAAUAAUAUAAUGGGUGGAAAUUCAAAACGUCAUUAUAGAAAACAUACAUGGGGUACAAGAGAACGUGCUGGAAUGAGCUUUUUAAUUGUUAUUGCAUUCUUUGCUGUAUUUGGUUUAAUAAUACUAACUGAGCUAUUUAUGAUUGAUGAUAAAAAUCGUGGUGGUAUGGUUAUGUUACGUCAUGGUAAUCUCAAUAAUCGUAUGAUGGAUUCAAUACAACCAGACUAUGAUAAUCCAAAGUAUGGUGAUGAUUAUGAUCAAUCAUUCGGAUUUAUGCCAAAAUCUAAAAAUCCAGAUGAAAUCGAUCCUCUUCGCUUAAAAACGAAUCGUUUAGCAUGGAAUGAAAUGCUUGAAACAAGAUUAGAACAAACUUUACCACAUUAUCCAAUUGGUGAAACACCAACUGAUGGUAUUUGGAAAGUAGUAAAUGGUACACGUUUUAAAUUCUUUGUUUAUUCGGCCUAUUAUGAUAGACGUUUAACGCAUAUUGUACGAAUUAUUGGUGCUACAAAAACAAGACGACCAGAAAAAGUUUUUUGUCGAUUAUGGUAUACAAUACGUGAUCCAUUGAAUUCAAAUAGAACAAAACAUACCUCAGCUACAUUAAGUGCUAAAGUAAAGAUAAUUCGUGAACAUUGGAAUUUAAAAUAUAGUGCUGUAUUUGUAUUGUGUCCGAUACCACCACAAGAUACACCAUUUGCUGUAAGUGUUGUUAGUAGAUUACGUGCACCACCCGGUAAUAUAUUACAGUUACGCAAUACAAAUUUUGAUCCAGAUUUUUCAAAUCGUACAUAUAAUCAAAUACCAGAUAAAAUGGCAAUAUGUGUUAAACCAUUUCAUUUUAAUUAUGAUCAAGCAUUAUAUUUAAUGGAAUAUCUUGAAUUAAAUUCAUUAUUAGGUGUAUCACAUUUUACAUUUUAUAAUCAUACAAUUGGUCCGCAUGCAACAUGUGUUUUACAACAUUAUGCAAGCGGUGAUAUACCACAGGGAAAUUUAACAGAAUAUGAUAUUUUUGAUAUUCAAGCAUUAUUCGGUAUUGGUAAUAAUCGUAAUAGUAAUAACAAUAAUAAUAACAAUGGUAAUAAUGCAAAUAGUGGUUUAAGCGGUGGUGGUUUAAGUAUAAGAAAUAGUAAUAAUAUCAAUAAUAAUUCAAUAUUAUCAUCAUCUUCAUCAUCAUCAUCAGUCCCAUCUACAGCAAUACCAUUACAAACUACAACAAUUAGUAAUAAUAAUAAAAUUAAAAAAAUGAAAAUAUUAAAAACAACAAAUUAUGCUGUACCAACUGUACAAAUAUUACCAUGGGAUUUGAGAAUGCGUUCACAAUCUGAAAUAAGAACAGAAGGUUUAUUUGCAGCAUUAAAUGAUUGCCUGUAUAGAAAUAUGUAUAGAUAUAAAUAUUUAGCUUUAAUUGAUGUAGAUGAAUUUUUAAUGCCAAAAUACAACGAUUCAUUAAAUGAUUUAUUAAGAUGGCUAAAUAAAAAAUAUAAUAUUGCUCAAGUUGGAUCAUAUUCUUUUCAAAAUGCAUUCUUUUAUUUACAAUUCGCUGAUGAUCCAAGAUUAUAUGAGACAACGAGUAAAAAUUCAGCAUUAAGAGGGGCACUUGUGACGCAAAGAAAAACAAGAAGACGACUAAGAUUACAUCCACAGAAACAACGUUCAAAAUAUAUUGUUAAUCCAGAAGCUGUCGUCGAAGCUGGUAAUCAUUUUGUGUGGGAUUUUAUACCAGGGAAAAAAACUUUUAAUGUACCAGCUGAUGCUGGAAUUUUGCAUCAUUAUAGGGUUUGUGAAUUUGGUGGUGACGAUUGUGUUAAAGUUCCAUCAAUAUUAGAUCGUACAGCAAUAAAAUAUACAAAUAGAUUAAUAGAACGUGUUGAAAAAGUCUAUAAUUAUUUAAAAAGACCAUGUAAUUUAGAUAAUUUACCACCAGCUCCAACAAAACCACCACCUACACGACGUAAAGUUUUACAAAUAAGAAACUAUAAUGGAACAAGUAAUAAUAAUAAUAAUCAUAAUAAUAUUAAUAGUAAUAAUGAUAUUAACAAUAAUAAUAAUGAUAAUAAGAAUAAUAUUAAUCAAAAUUCAGUGAAAUUAAUUGAUGUAAAAAAAGCAGUAGGUAAUAAUUAUUUUUUAAUAAAUAAAAAUAAAGAUGUUACAUAAAAAUUUAUAAAUUUAUAAAAAUACAUAAUUAAUAAUUAAUUUAUUUAUACAUUUGUCCAAAUUAACUUAAUUUUCUAAAUUAAAGUUCUCUAUUACAUA